AUGUCAAAGUUUUUGGCUAAUACUGAGACUGAGAGGCUUUUAAAUGAGACAUUUGUUGAUUCCAGUUCCAAAGGGGACAUUUCUGAAAGUGAAUACAGUGAUUUUGCUUCUGAAGCAGACUCAGGUUACGUGUCCAUUGCAUUUUUCAGACAAAAUUUCACCUCCGUGAUAUAUAAUGUACUGCCUAAUACUGAAGGCAGUACUUCAAAUGUAGUGCCAUCUACAGAGUCACCACGCAAGAGAAGACGUUCUAGUGUUCCAAAAUCUUCGGAUGCAGAAUUAGGGUGGACUGCAUUAGACAUGCAACCUUCAUUGCCUGAAUUCAAAGAGGAAAGUGGACGUGUGACAGAAGUGGGUGACUGCAGCAGUCCUUUUGAUAUUUUUUCAGUUUUUAUCCCUGAAUCAGUGGUGAAACACAUUAAGGCAGAAACUAACAGGUAUGUGAAAUCUAUUGCAGAUAAAAUCAGAAGAUCACGCAAAAUGAAACCCAACAGCAUGUGGAGCUCAUGGACUGGGGUACAGCUUCAUGAAAUGUAUUUGUUCUUUGCUGUCAUAAUCCACAUGUGCCUGGUGAAGAAAAAUAAUCUGCAUAAUUAUUGGUCUACAAACAGCUUUGUUUCCACACCUUCUCCAGGUUCAGUUCUCGCUAGAAAUAGAUUUUUUGCUAUUCUCUCUUGCCUCCAUGUAAAUGACAAUGUCUUGUACAUUCCAAGAGACGAACCUGUCCACAAUCCCAUGUACAAAAUCAGACCAUUCCUGAAUCAUUUACUCACACAGUUUCCAGCACCGUUUUCACCUGAGGAAAAUCUCACUAUAAAUGAAGGAUAUGUUUUACACACUGAAGUUUACACAGGUAAAGGGCAGGAAGACAAUUUAGUCACUGCCCUUUUUCAGAGACUUCUGUCUGGCUACCUCAAAAAGGGACAAACUGUUUAUAUGGACAGAUAUUACACUUCACCUGCUGUUUUUGAUUUCCUGUUGGAGAAUAAGAUGAAGGCUGUGGGGGCGAGCAUGCCUAAUCGUAGAGGGCUUCCUAAGCAAGGUGUAGUCAGCAAAAAACUGAAAAAAGGGUGA